AUGGACUCGCCUCCACUGCCCUUAUCGCACCUGAGGUCACCUGCUGCCACCUCCGCACUGGGGGGCUCCAUGAGCUCCCCAAAACCAUCUCUUGACACCUCCAAAACCUUCCCCGCCUCUGGAGCCACCUCCAGUACUGCCACCACCAAGGGAGUGACCUCAACCAAUGCCCCAACCUCAACAGGAGAGCCUCCAACCUCCUCUUCCACCUCUGGAGCCACCUCCCGUGCCGUCACCACCAAUGGGGUGACCUCCACCAAUGCUUCAACCACCUCUGUUGUUACCUCUACCAUAUCCUUGACCACUGGAGAAACUUCCUCUGCUGCCAGCUCCAAUAGGAUGACCUCACCCGAUGCUGCAACCACGUCAGCAGAGGCUUCCACCUCCUUCACCACCUCUGGAGCCACCUCCACUGUUCCCACCUCAACAGCAGUGACCACCAGGAGUGCCACAACCACCUCCAUUAAUGCCUCCACAUCAUUCUCCACAUCUGGAGCCACCUCCAGUGCUGCGACCACCAAUGAGGUGACCUCAACCAAUGCCCCAACCUCAACAGCAGAGCCUCCAACCUCCUUCUCCACCUCUGGAACCUCUUCCACUGCUGUCACCUUCACUGAGGUGACCCCGAUGUCAUCCACAGCCACCUCAAUGGACACCUCCACGCUCUCCUUCACCUCUGAAGUCACCUCAACUGCUCCUAUCUCCACAGGGGUGACCUUCACAACAGCUCCAACCACCUCUGUUGAUGCCACCACGAGCUUCUCCACACCUGGAGCCACCUCCUCUGCUGUCACCACCAAUGACUUGACCUCCACCAGUGGCCCAACCACCUCUAUUGAUGCAUCCACCUCAUUCACCACCAUUGGAGCCACCUCCUCGGGUGUCACUUCCAUAGAGGAGACCUCCAUGACAGCCACAACCACUCCAACAGAGCUUCCAACCUCCUUCUCCACACCUGGAGCCACCUCCUCUGCUGUCACCUCCAAUGUGCUCACCUCCGUCAGUGCCACAACCACCCCAACAGAGCUUCCAACCUCCUUCUCCACCUCUGGAGCCACCUCCUCUGCUGCCACGUCCACUGAUGUGACCUCUACAACACCUCCAACCAUGUCAGAAGCUGCCUCCACGACGUUCUUGACCAUUGGAUCCACCUCAACUCCUCCCAUGUCCACAUUGGUGACCUCCACACCAGCUCCAACCACCUCUGUUGAUGCCUCCACAUCAUUCUCCACCAAUGGAGCCACCUCCUCCGCUGCAACCUCCAAUGUGAUGACCUCAACCAAUGCCCCAACCUCAACGGCAGAGCCUCCAACCUCCUUCUCCACCUCUGGAACCUCUUCCACUGCUGUCACCUUCACUGAGGUGACCCCGAUAUCAACCACAGCCACCUCAAUGGACACCUCCACGCUCUCCUUCACCUCUGAAGUCACCUCCAGUGCUCCCAUGUCCACAGGGGUGCCCUCCACAACAGCUCCAACCACCUCUGUUGAUUCCUCCACAUUAUUCAGCACUACUGGAGCCACCUCCUCUGCUGUCACCACCAAUGAGUUGACCUCCACCAGUGCCCCAACCACCUCUACUGAUGCAUCCACCUCAUUCACCACCAUUGGAGCCACCUCCUUGGGUGUCACUUCCACAGAUGAGACCUCCAUGACAGCCACAACCACUCCAACAGAGCCUCCUACCUCCUCCUCCACCCCUGGAGCCACCUCCUCUACUGCCACCUUGACUGAAGUGUCCUCCACAACAGCCCAAACCACCCCUAUUGAUGCCUCCAGCACCUUCUCCACCUCUGGAGCCACCUCCUCUGCUGCCACCUCCACUGCUGUGACCUCUACAACACCUCCAACCAUACUGGAUCCAACCACCUCAACUACUCCCAUGUCCACAUUGGUGACCUCCACAACAGCCACAGACAUCUCUGCUGAUGCCUCCAAGUCAUUCACCACCAAUGGAGCCACCUCCUCUGCUGCCACCUCCAUUGAGAUGACCUCAACCAAUGCCCCAACCUCAACAGCAGAGCCUCCAACCUCCUUCUCCACCUCUGGAACCUCUUCCACUGCUGCCACCUUCACUGAGGUGACCCUGAUGUCAACCACAGCCACCUCAAUGGACACCUCCACACUCUCCUUCACCUCUGAAGUCACCUCCAGUGCUCCCAUGUCCACAGGGGUGCCCUCCACAACAGCUCCAGCCAUCUCUGUUGAUUCCUCCACGUCAUUCAGCACUACUGGAGCCACCUCCUCUGCUGUCACCACCAAUGAGUUGACCUCCACCAGUGGCCCAACCACCUCUACUGAUGCAUCCACCUCAUUCACCACCAUUGGAGCCACCUCCACGGCUGUCACUUCCAUAGAUGAGACCUCCAUGACAGCCACAACCACUCCAACAGAGCUUCCAACCUCCUUCUCCACCCCUGGAGCCACCUCCUCUGCUGCCACCUUGACUGAAGUGUCCUCCACAACAGCCCAAACCACCCCUAUUGAUGCCUCCAGCACCUUCUCCACCUCUGGAGCCACCUCCUCUGCUGCCGCCUCCACUGCUGUGACCUCUGCAACAGCCCCAACCAUGUCAGAAGCUGCCUCCACGAUGUUCUCCACCACUGGAGCCACCUCAACUGUUCCCAUGUCCACAAUGGUGACCUCCACAACAGCCACAGCCACCUCUGCUGAUGUCUCCACGUCAUUCUCAACAUCUGGAGCCACCUCCUCUGCUGCCACCACCAAUGAGAUGACCUCAACCAAUGCCCCAACCUCCACAGCAGAGCCUCCAACCUCCUUCUCCACCUCUGGAACCUCUUCCACUGCUGUCACCUUCACUGAGGUGACCCCGAUAUCAACCACAGCCACCUCAAUGGACACCUCCACGCUCUCCUUCACCUCUGAAGCCACCUCCAGUGCUCCCAUGUCCACAGGGGUGACCUCCACAACAGCUCCAACCACCUCUGUUGAUGCCACCAAGAGCUUCUCCACCUCUGGAGCCACCUCCUCUGCUGUCACCACCAAUGAGCUGACCUCCACCAGUGGCCAAACCACCUCUAUUGAUGCAUCCACCUCAUUCACCACCAUUGGAGCCACCUCCUCGGGUGUCACUUCCAUAGAGGAGACCUCCAUGACAGCCACAACCACUCCAACAGAGCCUCCUUCCUCCUUCUCCAGUUAUGGAACCACCUCCUCUUCUGUCACCUCUGCAGUGGGGACCUCCACAACAGCUUCAGCCACCUCUAUUGAUGCCUCCAGCACCUUCUCCACCUCUGGAGCCACCUCCUCUGCUGUCACCUCCAAUGUGGUCACCUCCAUCAGUGCCACAACCACCUCUGUUGAUGCCUUCACGUCAUUCACCACCAUUGGAGCCACCUCCAGUGCUGCCACCACCAAUGAGGUGACCUCCACCAAUGCUCCAACCACCUCAGCAGAAUCUUCUACCUCUAUCUCCAUCCCUGGAACCUCCUCUGCUGUCACCUCCAUCCAUGUGAGCUCCACGGCAGCUCCAACGACCACUGUUGAUGCCUCCAGUACCUUCUCCACCACUGCAGCCACCUCUUUUGCAGCCACCUCUAAUGGGAUGACCUCAACCAAUGCUCCAACCAUCUCUACUGAUGCCUUCACAACCUUCCCCUCCACUGCUUCCUCCGCUUCCUCUCCCACCUUCACUCAUGGGACCCCAAUAUCUUCCACAGCCACUUCAGAAUUUUCCUCCUCCACCAGUGGAUCCACCUCCACUGUUCCCACCUCAACUGAGGUGACCUCCAUGAGUGCCACCACCACCUCCAUGGAUGCCUCCACAGGGUUCUCAAGCACUGGAGUCACCUCCAGCUCUGUCACUUCCAUAGAGGCAACCUCCUUGACAUCUCCAGCCUCAACAGCAGUGCCUCCAACCUCCUUCUCCACCACUGGAGCCACCUCCUCUGCUGUCACCUCCAAUGUGGUCACUUCCACCAGUGCCACAACCACCUCUGUUGAUGCCUCCACCUUAUUCACCACCAUUGGAGCCACCUCCAGUGCUGCUACCUCCAAUGAAGUGACCUCCACCAAUGCUCCAACCACCUCAGCAGAGUCUUUUACCUCCAUCUCUAUCCCUGCAACCUCCUCUGCUGUCACCUCUAUCCAUGUGACCUCCACGGCAGCUCCAACCACCACUCUUGAUGCCUCCAGCACCUUCUCCACCUCUGGAGCCAGCUCCACUGGUCCAGCCUUCACUGAGGGGAUCCCAACGUCUUCCACAGCCACCUCAGGUGUUUCCUCCACGCUCUCCUUGACCACUGCAGCCUCUUCCACCGGUGUCACAUCCACUGAGGUCACCUCCACGAGGGCCACAUCGGCCCCAGUCGAUUUCUCCAGCACCUUCUCCACCACUGGUUCCACCUCCAGCCCUCUCACGUCCACACUGGGGACCUCCACCAAUGCCCCAACCUCAACGGCAGAGCCUCCAACCUCCUUCUCCACCUCUGGAACGUCCUCCACUGCUGUCACCUUCACUGAGGUGACCUCCACAGCAGCCCCAACCACCUCUAUCGAUGCUUCCACGAGCCCCUCCACCUCUGGAGCUUCCUCCUCUGCUCCCUCCGUCACUGAGGGCAUCUUCACCCCAGCCCCAACCACCUCCACUGGAGUCACCUCAACUGAGGUGACCUCAACCGGUGCCACAACCACCUCUGCUGCCUCCACGAUGUUCUUGACCACUGGAGCCACCUCAACUGCUCCCAUGUCCACAGGGGUGACCUCCACAACAGCUCCAACCACCUCUGUUGAUGCCACCACGAGCUUCUCAACCACUGGAGCCACCUCCUCUGCUGUCACCACCAAUGAGCUGACCUCCACCAGUGCCCCAACCACCUAUAUUGAUGCAUCCACCUCAUUCACCACCAUUGGAACCACCUCCUCGGGUGUCACUUCCAUAGAGGAGACCUCCAUGACAGCCACAACCACUCCAGCAGAGCCUCCUUCCUCCUUCUCCAGUUAUGGAACAACCUCCUCUUCUGUCACCUCCAUACUUGGGACCUCCACAGCAGCUCCAACCACCUCUAUUGAUGCCUCCAGCAGCUUCUCCACCUCUGGAGCCACCUCCUCUGCUGUCACCUCCAAUGUGGUCACCUCCAUCAGUGCCACAACCACCUCUGUUGAUGCCUCCACGUCAUUCACCACCAUUGGAGCCACCUCCAGUGCUGCUACCACCAAUGAAGUGACCUCCACCAAUGUUCCAACCACCUCAGCAGAGUCUUCUACCUCCAUCUCCAUCCCUGGAACCUCCUCUGCUGUCACCUCCAUCCACGUCCCUCAUCCCUACAGGUGA